AUGCUGGCCGUCCUAGCUGCAGGCUCUGUGUUUUUCCCAGGACUGUUCCUUCUGUCUAAACAAUGCCUAAAGUCAUUCCCCAUGCUGAGAUGGAGCGAAAGAGAUGCUGUUAUUGUUUCAGCUCGGUUGGUCUCCUCGGUGCAGGCAGUUAUGGCUUCAUCAGCUGGGUACAUCAUUGCUUCGUCUUGUGCAGACAUCAUAGAAGACCAGCACUGGUUGACAAGCACUUACAUCAUGUUUGCAGUUCCCUACUUUGUGUAUGACAUCUACGCUAUGUUCAUGUGCUACUGGUAUAAGAUCCAAGUCAAAGGCCACGAGGAGGAGGCCGCCCCGCGCUCCAUGCGCUCUGUGCUGGCCAGUUAUCUGCACCGGGAGUUCCUCAUGGUGUUGCACCAUGUUGUCAUGGUCACAGUCUGCUUCCCCGUUUCUGUGUUUUGGCGGCAAGGAAGGGGAGAUUACUUCCAGGGUGUAAUGUUCAUGGCUGAGCUCAGCACUCCAUCUGUCUGCUUGGGAAAAAUACUUAUCCAGUAUAAACAACAACAUACUCUCCUGCACAAAGUGAAUGGGGCUCUAAUGCUGAUCACUUUUUUCAUCUGUCGAGUCCUCCUCUUCCCUUACCUCUACUACGUUUAUGGAAGGUACGCGUCCAUCCCGUUCUAUAUGGUGCCGCUGACGGUGCCGUGGCACUGUAACCUCGGUGCUGCUCUGCUUAUGGCGCCUCAGCUCUACUGGUUCUCGCUCAUUUGCAGGGGUGCCCUGCGAUUAUUUACAAGAACCUCACGCUCAAUACCUCCUCGGACAUCGGCUGAACCUAAAGAACAACAGAGAAAAGAUGGCUCCGAUCUGCCUCAGCCGGCGAAUGGCUACAGCACGCAACCCACAGAGCCUGAGCUAACCACUCACUGA